AUGGCUUCACGACUUGGAGUCAACAUUGGUCGGUGUCCUGACCAGUACAACUUUGAACACUACGGAGUACCAACGGCCUCGAGGCUCACCGGCCAUCGAGACUACAUUCCACGACCUAUGGCGGCGCCCUCGCUGCUAAUCCCCGGCCGCCCGGACACGUCGCUCAACGUGCAGCUACACCCGCUCGUGCUGCUCACCAUCUCCGACUACAUCACCCGCCAUUCGAUUCGCAACCAGUCGGGACCAGCGGUCGGUGCUAUCCUGGGUCAGCAGAAUGGCCGCAGCUUCACGCUCGAAGUCGCAUACGAGUGCAAGCUCGACGACAACGCCUCGUCAUCUGUGCAGUUCGAUGCCGACUGGUUCAUGACGCGCCUCGAAAUGUACAAGGAAGUCCACAAGGAGCCUGCUCUCGAUCUCGUCGCUCUUUUCUCGACCGGCUCGAUCAAAGGUCCCAACUCAGCGCACCUGCCAGUCUUGCAGCAAGCGAAGGCACUCANGUCAUGCUGCUCCUCUUCCACCCAGAAACAGUCGAGGGAUUGCAGGGCGGAAAGCUGCCCAUCAGCUUGUACGAGACAGUUGAGGAGGGAGACAGUAACGUCAAGUUCCGAGAGCUGGCAUACGAUGUGGAAACGGGAGAUGCGGAACGGAUAGGCGUUGACUUUGUCGCCAAGGGUGGUGGUACUGCCACUGCUGUUGCAAAAGCUGGAGGAGCAGACGCUGCUGCAGGCGCAUCCAAAGACGCUAAGGCCAAGGGAAAGGGCAAGGCAAAAGCAAAGGACGAUGAAGCUGAGACCAACGGCACAGCAACAACAAGCGUGCUAUCUCCAGAAGACGACGAGCUCAUCUCCUCGCUCCAGGCGAAGGUCAACGCUAUCAAGAUGCUGAACGAGCGCAUCAAUCUCAUCCGCACAUAUCUGAGCGAGCAACCCCAGAGCUAUCUCACAGACGCAACCGUCUCAGAUGCACCACCGGACAACACAAAUCACCAGCUUCUGCGCAGCGUACAAUCUAUGCUGUCCCGUCUACCACUUCUCGCCCCACCACAAGCCCAGCAAAGCGUUGAUACUUCGGAAAGCCAUAACUCUUUGCAGCAGGCGAGCGAAAAGCAGCGACAGGAUGUUCACCUGACCUCGCUUUUGGCCACUCUCACCCGGUCAGUCGCCGAGGCACAAACACUCGGAAGCAAGUUCAGCAUCGUGCAGAAGGAGAGGCAGAAUAAGGAUCGUAGCGCCUUCAGCAGCGGCAGACCACCUAGAGGCGGGUUUGGCGACGAGACCUUGUACGUCAAUAGGGGUAAUCAGGACAUGGACUAGCAGUCUUCGUCCCUGUAUUCAUCACUAUUGGCCAACAAUCGGCCGUAUGGGAGCAGCUCAGCAGGCUUCGGAAACGGUCAUUGGAACAACACCUAUCCUACUGGAAGCUUUGCCGGGAAUGGUUCGUCCUACCUUCACACGCAGGACCGCUCCGCUGGCGGCUCUUCAUCUAGGAGUGGAGGACGCUCGAACUUCAAUGGCGAAGGUCGUUCACUGGGGUAAUUGCAAGCCAUGGGCAGCUCAACGGCAUUGGAAGGAAGAUGACACGAUACGACAGACAUGAGACACGACCCAUAGCACGCGCUGAGGCGUGAAGCUUUGCAGAAGGGCACAGUCGCACCGACUACGACAGGCUAUAGAAGUGCAGCAAGAUAGAAGAGGCGCGCACCGGCCAUAGAUGUAACACGAAUGCGAUGAUUGGAACAUCCCAACAUGGCCGAUCUAUCCAUGUUCCUCCUUCGCUUCGUUCGGUAUUCUGACGCCUCGCAUGCUUAUUAAUGAGUGGUUCCCAGAGGUUUCCAUAUUCCCCUGUGCACACGCCUCUAUGUUAACAGCUGG